AUUCUUCGUUCGUUAGGUUGGUCCGUGUUCGCCUGUAGGUACCUUUGCGCUUUUUUGGCUUGUUUCAGACAGGAGCUUGAAGAGUCCCCGCGUCCCGCGUAAAGUGCCUUCUGUUGCUUACAACUUACAACCACCCUGCUGGUGGAAAGUGGAAAAACAUUCAACUUCGGGCUGCGCUGCACUGCAGUUUUACAGUUUUAUGUUGAUGUUGUGGCGGAGAUCGGUGCCGGUCGGUGGAAUAGAAGACAGAGAAGCCCGAGAGACGACGGCGCGGCGGUAGUGAAACGGUUGAAAAUACGUCCAAGUGGAUAGAUUCUUUUGCCUUUUCUGGACCAAAAACGGCAACCUUACAGCAUCUUUCAGCCUUCGUCGUAGUGGAACUGUUUUUUUUCUGGACUGUGUGGGUCAAGAAGUUGCAAAGUGCCCGCUUUGGAGUUGGGAGGUGAAGUGCAGAAGACUGGAUCAUUUCGGGUGGCAUCCCGAGUGUAUGUGUGCAGUAGCCGCUGAGGGAAAAGGUAGAAGGCUCAAGGCGAAAUACGAAGGCGCAGAGUUAAGACGAUACAAACAAGAGCAAUAAUAUAAGGUUGGAAGGUAUUUUUUUUCUGUUCCAAUUUUGGGAUAGACUGAAACAUAUCGACGAAAGAAGAGGGCUCAGCGAAAACUGGAGAGAAGUGCAAGAAGUGUGCUUAGGCUAAGUGGUGAGAAGCUGUGUAUCUUUUUUUUCGUGGAAAACACGUGGAACCCGAAAGAUUUUGAUCGAAAAAGAAUAGAUUCGAAGCAGAAAAGGUGCGCGGGUGGUUUGUUUGCUUUGGAAUGAGCCCAAUGUGUGAGUGAAAAGGAAAGCAAAUAUCUAACUGGUAGCAGAUCGAGGAACUUAAGGUGCAAGGAAACGAAGCAAGGAACGUAGCAAAUUAUCAAAACAACUGAGCGUUAUUGAUAUUUCUGCUGGAUUGUGUGCUGUGGUGUUUGUGCGUAUCUAGUUAUUUGGGACAACGCUGGAAUUUCAAAGCUUUGAUGUUGGAAUUGUUCUGCGGUUGACAGUUGGGUUGGAGCAGCAGAACAGCAACACCGAAACCAGAUUUGUGGACACGCAUAUAGCGGACGAUUCUGCUGGAAUCAGUUCAAGUUCAAAUUUUAGGACUUCAACGACUUUUUUGCGCUGGGCAACCAAUCUGAAGCAAGCGUGGAUCUCAGAACUGGACUGUGUGCUGAGAAAAUUUGUGAGACUCUAGUCAGUGCCUUCGCCGUGCUGGUCUCGAAAGGGACGCGCUCGCAUCUUUCGUCGUCGUCGUCGUCGUCGUCGUCGUCUUCAUCAUCACCAUCGUUGCUGGCUGGCGCGUGUGCUAUUAUGAAUUCGAUACCCCCAGUCGCUAGUCGGGUGUCUUGAGUGUCGGCGAAGAUAAUGAGUCAUAAUGAUACAUAGUGAUAAAAAAUUACUUUACCGAGAGUGAGUAACUUAAUAGGAGCAGAAAAUGCCUUAGAGUCUGUCUGAGGUCGAGUGAAGUGAGUGAACCAGAGAUAAAUAGCCAGGGAAAAAGGAAGAUGGUAGAAUUGCUUUUCGGAUAGGCAAAGGCUGAUGAUGAUAAGAAAGCUAUUUCUUGGUUCUCGUCGCCGUGGAAUACGAAGAAUGUGAUGAUCGAGAAGAAAAAAAGCGAAGUUUUACCAGAAGCAAACGAAAAAAAAAAAGAUGUGGUAUUUCUUCUAUCUAUCUGUUUAAGUGCCUUUGAACGACCACAUCGCAGCGCGAGUGAAUGUAAUGUUUCUGGUCUGAAGUGUCCUCUCAGCGAAGGAAAGCAGUGAAAUUCAUAUCUGGAGAGGAAGAAAUAUCUCUCUGGAAAAGUUAAGUAAUUAACGUGCCGUGAUACAAGAGCAGCCGCGCGACAACAACGUCGUCCAACACACAUUCCACUUCAAUCCCUCCCAGCAUUCCCGUAGUCAUGUCAACAAAUAGUAAUAACCUGAAACUAUCUGGAAAUAUUAUCAGUCUGACAAGCAACAAACAGCCCCAACUACAGAAAUCCAAACUUAAACAGCCACCGGUGACAACGACCACAUCCAACGGACACGCUAGUUCGACAGGCUCGGGUCAACCGACGGUGAAUGGUGUAACGAAACCAGUCCACAACCAACCGUCCCUGCAGAAACAAGUUCAACAGGGGGGAACACAAAUUCCUCCUCGCUAUCAGCCACCUCCUCAGCCUCCUGGGGGUAUCCUGAAGCACAUCGUCCACAACGGAGGCGCACCACCUCUGGCCAGAUCUUCUACGGUACCUUCCAUAGCCUAUACGUCCGAUUUGAACGGAGGGUCCCAUCAUCACCUCAAAUUUCCUCCAGAAAUCCCAAAAACCACCGGACUUUACAUUCCGGAAAACCUAAAACAUCAGCUCAACCCUAGCCGGUUAGCUAUCCCGCGGUCCCAUUUGAGGUUCGCCAACCAACAGCACCACUUAGCUCCCCCGAGCAAUCAUCACCCGAAUCAACCCCAACAACCAUCCCACCACCUACCACCGCCCCACCCCCGUUUGAGUUCGGAAUCUUCCUCCGAGGAUCAAGCGACAACAAGCUCUACCCGAUCCCUGCAGCAACACCUGAACCCAAAACAGCAACCAUCCCCACAACCCAACCAGCAACCUCAGCAGCCUCAGGGCCACAUCCAGCAGACCACUGCAAUCGUUCACCACCAUCAACCUCCGAGCCAGCAGGCUCCACCAAUUCCAUCGACAGCUUCGACCAACAGCAGCAAUCAACAGCAUCUAAACCAAAAGCAACAACAGCAGCAGCAACAGCAGCAUCAACAGCAACAGCAGCAACAACAGCAUCAACAACAGCAGGAGAUGCUGAAAUUCGUCCGGAAAGCCGAAUCGGAAACGUCGUCCACGCCGACCUCCUCCAGCGGGGGUCGGAUAUCGUCGAUCGAGCAGAACCGGCACUUUCAGAACCUCCUCGCCGAGUUGCGAGCGCUGAAAGAGGCUAACCAGCGGCUGAGUGAUGACAACCAGGAGCUGCGAGAUCUGUGCUGCUUCUUGGACGACGAUCGGCAGAAGGGACGGAAGUUGGCGCGCGAAUGGCAGAGGUUCGGUCGGUACACUGCCAGCGUGAUGCGGCAGGAGGUGUCCGCCUAUCAGACCAAACUGCGGCAGCUGGACGACAAGCAACAGGAACUGAUCCGGGAUAAUCUGGAACUGAAAGAACUGUGCCUCUAUCUGGACGAGGAACGAUCGAAUACCAAUCGACCGGCGGGGGUGUGCGGUAGCUGUGGAGCCGCGCCCGGCAGUACGACGACGAAUGCUGUUCCUCUCCGGGACGACGGAGACGGAAGCAGCUCCAGUACGAAUGCCGACGAGAAUAUUCACCAGCUCGGAGGAGGGCAGUUCGGAAGGAAUGGAUUGACGGAGCUCAACCUGCGCUCCGCGCUGAGUGACCAAACCCUGCAGUACGUCCGGUCACUAGAAUCUCGAAUACGACAGCUGGAAGAGGAACGAUGCGCCAUCCUCAAAAACGUCCAACCAAUCGGCCCCAGCAACGGAACGGGACCUCCGGUAACGAACAACAAGCCGGUUGCCACUGUUCAACCGCCACCUCCACUGCCACCACCGUCCUCCAAUUCAGACCCCAUAUCCGGCCGACCGGAAGCCGUCGUCCGGGCACUUCAGGUGCUUGAAGUACGCGAACAACUCGAACGGGAACGAAUUGGCCCCAACAUACCAACCGACCAUCAGCUAGACGAUGGCGAAAAAGCUCUGGUCCGCGAGAUGUGCAAUGUGGUGUGGCGAAAGCUGGAGGAUGCCCCCAACACAGGAAUCGAUCAGCACGUCUGAUGCUCGCCAGUCCAGUAUGGAGCGAGAAGGAUUAGCAUGACUCGGCGGAAUUCCAUCCCGCUGGCGCUGGAAGCCCAACGAACAAAAAAAAAACAUCAACAACAAGAGCACAUGGAGGCUUUUUUUUUGUGUGUGUGGCCGAACCGGGUGACGGACGGCUUUAAGGUUUACUCUUGCACACUUCUUCCUCUUCUACCUACUACGAUGAUGUACAAAUUAAUUAUAAUGAUUCUUCAGAAAAUAGAAAAAAAGAGCUAUUGCCACAGAUCGGGCUGGCGGUCGCGCGCCUCUUCUCAAAAGAGUAAACGAGGGCAGACAUUAUUGAAAAGGAUUGUACAGAACACUUCAAACAGAGCACAGGAAAAAGUAGACAUAACGCAAAAUAAUAGAAGUAAAAAACAUCUUAUCCCCAAAAAAGGAGCGGAUCGAAAUUUGCGUUUGUAUGUGGACUUUAAGGAGGUUUCUGAAACCUCGCGCGAGAAAGGGCAGUUUACUACUACUAUACAGGAGAACAUAACCUAUUCAAUUAAAGUUAACAAAGUAUUUAUCAUCGUUUAUCGUUAUAUUUAUACCCGGAUCCACAGGACGGGGAGAAGUGUAAUUAGGGGGAAGAAGCGGGAAUUAAGGAUGCAUAAGGAGAAGAUGAAGAAGAUGAAUAAACUAGUUCUUUUUCAGCGAUUAUGCUUUUCAAGGCGAUUUGUAAUUGCUCGGGGUUAUUUUUGUGAAUGUAUAAAAUGAUGUUUGGGGGGGCCUUAUGUAAAGAAACACUAAUACCUUGAGAAAUCUGUCGAGAUUUACUUUUGUAGAAAUGUGAGCGGCAAGUAAUAACUUGGGUAGGUUUUAUAAUGCAGCAGCAGGAAGAAAAUCGGACAAUAUUUCAGCGCUAUGUAUCUGUGUAUCCUAGGAUUUCUUGUUAGAGGUUGUUUUUAUAUACAUAAUUUUUAUCAUUAUUAAAAGGUUGUUAUUCUUAA